AUGGAGCACCAGAUGUUCAACGACCCGUUCACGAGCAGCAUGUCGUCACUGGAGGCGGAAAUCUUCUCCGGUGGCCACCACCACCCAGCGCCGUCCCUGCAGUGGCCGGGCCUAGACCACGACAUCCCGGCGGCACCGGCUGCCAACAACGCCACCUCAUCCGGCGGCCCGGGUUCCCACCGGAAGAUGAGCCACAGCGCGUACGAGCGCGACAGCCGCAAGCAGCUCAACGAGCAUUAUUCCAACCUUCGCUCCCUCCUCCCUGACGAUGAUCAUCACACUAGGAAGCUGAACAAUCCGACCAUUGUGUCGCGGGUGAUCAAGUACAUCCCGGAGCUGCAGAAGGAGGUAGACGGCCUGGAGAAGAAGAAGGAACAGCUGACGCGUGCCAGCUGCAGGCCGGGAGAUGACACGGCUCCGAUCGUCUCCGCCACCUGCCUCAACGACAGGGAAAUCAUGGUCCAGGUCAGCCUGCUGAACACCAUGGCUGGCGCUCUGCCCAUGUCCAAAUGCAUCAACGUGCUGGAGAAUCAAGGCCUCUGCCUCGUCAGCUCGUCCGCUUCCGCUUUUCAGAACAGGACCUUCUAUAGCCUUCAUCUUCAGAGAACCCAACGAACAAUGAGCAAAGAGUGCUCAGCAUUUUGUGACGAACUGGAGAACGCCGUGAAGCAAAAGGCGGGACUACAUCCACAUUACUAG